AUGGCCGGCCCGGGAGCAUCGCCCUACGUCUGGGGGUGGCUGCUGCUCGGCGGUUGCCUUCUCGCCGGAGCCCAGCUGGAUUCUGAUGGCACCAUUACUAUAGAGGAGCAGAUUGUCCUUGUGCUGAAAGCUAAAGUACAGUGUGAACUCAACAUCACAGCCCAACUUCAGGAAGGAGAGGGAAAUUGUUUCCCAGAAUGGGAUGGACUCAUUUGUUGGCCCAGAGGAACAGUGGGGAAAAUAUUGGCAGUCCCAUGCCCUCCUUAUAUUUAUGACUUCAAUCAUAAAGGAGUUGCCUUCCGACACUGUAACCCCAAUGGAACGUGGGAUUUUAUGUACAGUUUAAAUAAAACAUGGGCUAAUUAUUCAGACUGUCUUCGCUUUAUGCAGCCAGAUAUCAGCAUAGGAAAGCAAGAAUUCUUUGAACGCCUCUAUGUCAUGUACACAAUUGGAUAUUCUGUCUCCUUUGGUUCCUUGGCUGGGGCUAUUCUCAUCAUUGGUUACUUCAGACGAUUGCAUUGCACUAGGAACUAUAUCCACAUGCACUUGUUUGUAUCUUUCAUGCUGAGAGCUGUAAGCAUCUUUGUCAAGGACAAAGUGGUCCAUGCUCACAUAGGAGUGAAGGAGCUACAGUCCCUGUUGAUGCAGGAUGACCUACAAAAUUCCAUAGAAAUGCCUUCUGUGGACAAAUCAAAAUAUAUUGGGUGCAAGAUUGCUGUUGUGAUGUUCAUUUACUUCUUGGCUACAAAUUACUAUUGGAUCUUGGUGGAAGGUCUCUACCUGCAUAGUCUAAUCUUUGUGGCGUUCUUUUCGGACACCAAAUACCUGUGGGGCUUCAUCUUGAUAGGCUGGGGGUUCCCAGCUGCAUUUGUUGUGGCCUGGGCUGUGGCACGAGCAACUCUGGCUGAUGCAAGAUGCUGGGAACUUAGUGCUGGAAACAUCAAGUGGAUUUACCAAGCCCCAAUCUUAGCAGCUGUUGGGCUCAAUUUUAUUCUGUUUCUGAAUACCGUUAGAGUUCUGGCUACCAAAAUCUGGGAGACCAAUGCAGUUGGGCAUGACACAAGAAAACAGUACAGGAAACUGGCCAAAUCAACCCUGGUCCUUGUGCUGGUCUUUGGAGUGCACUACAUUGUGUUCCUGUGCCUGCCCCAUUCCUUCACGGGGCUCGGCUGGGAGGUCCGGAUGCACUGUGAGCUCUUCUUCAAUUCCUUUCAGGGAUUCUUUGUGUCUAUCAUCUACUGCUACUGCAAUGGGGAGGUUCAGGCUGAGGUGAAGAAGUUGUGGAGUCGGUGGAAUCUCUCCAUCGACUGGGAAAGGACGCCCCCCUGCGGCGGCCACAGAUACGGCUCCGUGCUCACCACGUUGACCCACAGCACCAGCAGCCAGUCGCAGGGGGCAGCCAGCGCUCGCUUGGUGCUCAUCGCCGGCAAAACCACCAGGACGGCCGGCCGCCAGCCCGACAGCCACGUGACUUUACCCGGCUAUGUCUGGAGUAACUCGGAGCAGGACUGCCUGCCACGCACGAUCCAUGAGGAGACCAAGGAAGGGAACGCGAGGCUGGGAGAGGAGAUUCCAAUGGUGGAGUCUCCCAGGCCCUUGGAAUUUAACCCAGACCCGGAAGGAAGCAGAGGAGAAACAGAGGAUGUUCUCUGA